AUGUCCGAAUCCCAGCCCGCCCAAGCUCCCGGAGCGCAAGGCCAAGGUCGGGGCGGCCGUCGACGAGGCCGCGGAGGAGGCUUUGGAGCUGCUCGCCAACCAGGACAAACCGAUGGUCACCAUCACCAUUCCCAUGAUGGCGCUGGAAGGGGUGCGAGAUCUAGGGGCCAGGGACCCCGUCGCGGAGGCGGCAGCGGAGGACGGGACAAGCAGGGUCGCUCGGGGAACAAGCCGGAGGCUUCUGCUGCAGGUGGACAGGGUGAUACGAAUGCUCAGACGGCGUCAGAAGGCAAGGGGAAGCAGCCUGUCACAACAGAAGAGUCCGAUGAUGCGGAUGAUGGCGAGGUCUGCUUUAUUUGUGCUUCGAAGGUCGACCAUACCUCGGUCUCGCCGUGUAAUCACCGGACUUGUCAUAUUUGUGCGCUGAGAUUGAGAGCUUUGUACAAGAAUAAAGCUUGUGCACACUGUCGGACGGAAUCCAACUAUGUUAUCUUCACGGAUGACCAUGCCAAGCGCUACGAGGAUUUCAAGGACUCCGAUUUUUCGCAGAUGGACGAAAAUCUAGGAAUCAAGUACGAGAACAACGACAUCUUUGAAGAUACAGUGUUGUUGUUGCGGUACAAUUGCCCGGAUAGAGGCUGUGAUGUGGCUUGCUUGGGAUGGCCUGACCUGCAUCGUCACGUCAAAAGCAAGCAUGGCAGAGUGAUGUGUGAUCUUUGCACACGAAACAAGAAAGUGUUCACGCACGAGCAUGAGCUCUUCACCAAUGCAGAGUUGCGCAAGCACGAGAGGCAUGGAGAUGAUGUGCCUGGUGCCAUAGACCAGAGUGGGUUCAGAGGCCAUCCUGAGUGUGGUUUCUGUCGGCAACGGUUCUAUGGUGACGACGAAUUAUACGCACAUUGUCGUGACCGUCACGAAAGAUGCCACAUUUGUGACCGUCGCUCCAGCGGCCGCCAGCAACAGUACUACAUCGACUACAACGCUCUCGAAGACCACUUCCAGAAAGAUCACUUCCUGUGCCUCGACCAGGAGUGUCUGGAGAAGAAGUUCGUCGUCUUCGAGUCCCAGAUGGACCUCAAGGCACAUCAACUUGAAUGCCAUCCCAACGGCCUUUCUAAGGACGCCAGACGCGACGCUCGCACUGUUGACCUGUCAUCCUUUGAUAUCAGAACUCCUUACCAGCCUCAGCGCCAGCGUCGAGGUGCUGGUCGUGGACGCGAUCCUAACGCGGAGCCUCUACCGGUGUCCAGCGCUCAGCCACUGCGAAGAGACGAGAUUGCGUAUCAACGCCAGAUGGCCAUCCAAAGUGCACAGUCCGUGUCUACCCGCAGCUUCGGCGGCCAACUAACACGCAACGAUACUCAGCCUGUGCGUGCUCCGGCUCGUCCAACGCCCACACAGACCCCUCCCGCAGCCACGCCAGUUGCCGAGAUGGAAGACCUCAACCUCAGUGCCGAUUCGGGUACUCCUCAAGAAAAAGCCCGCCGUCUCCGCCAUGCGGCUGUCGUCGAAAGAGCCUCGAACCUCCUAGGCAACGACCAGAACAAGCUCAAGGAAUUCCGUGCCCGGGUUUCCAGCUACCGCACCACCUCAAUCUCCGCCACAGAACUCAUCGACGCCUUCUUUUCGCUCUUUGAUACCUCCAGCACCGAACUGGGCAAACUCAUCAAAGAACUCGCCGAGAUCUACGAAGACGAAGGCAAGCGCAACGCCCUCCUCAAGGCCUGGAAUGACUGGCGUGCCAUCAAUGAAGACUACCCAGCUCUGCCCGGCCCCGGCGGCAUGCUUCCCGGUAUGUCCCCAGGAACCGUGAACGGCAGCGGAGUGGGAGGAAAGCGUGUCCUGCGCCUCAAAUCCUCAACAGCCCAGUCCUCCCGUUCCUACGUUGGCAGAAGCGGUGCUAUGCCUUCAUCAUCCUCCUCUUCCUCAGCCGCUAACCCCUUCCCCCCUCUCUCCUCGACCACCGCCCGCUCUACCCCCCGAUCUUCCACCCCCGCCGCCACUACUCCCUGGGGCGCCGCCGCGGCCGCAGCUCCCUCAGCCCCGACCUCUGCCUUCAGCAGCGCCACCUCUUCCCGCUCCGCCUCGCGCGCCCCGGCGCGCCCAGUCAACGCCAACAGCGCCGAAGCCUUCCCUGCUCUCCCUGCUGCGCCUAAGCCCAACGUCCUCAUGGCAGGUCUGACUCGCGGCACCGUCCGCUGGGACGACCGUCACAAGCCAUCCGGGAAUGCCUGGGCCUCUCGGAACGACCCCGGCGCUAGCUCGUCCAAUGCAGAGGAUGAUUUCCCCGAGUUCCCUGCAGGAGGCAAGAAGGGCAAGAACAAGAAGGGGAAGCAGACUCUGUUCCAUUUCGGAUAA